CCGGGGGCGGGAGGGGUGUGCUUUGGUGCGACUGGGCGGAGGAUCCUUGGAAGUUGCUGGUGGGGUUGUAAUACUCAUCCUGGCCCGACGCCCGGCCCCGAGCUGGGGGUGCGGGCGCAGGGAGACGGGCCCGGAGGGCGGCCGGUGGGUGGGAGCCCGCCUGUCCCUGUCAGCGGCUUCUCCCUAGGGUGGCAUCUCUCAGUGAAGUCCGCCCCGGCUCCUCUCACUGUUCUUCCGCCGCUAGACUCGGCGCUGUGACGCCAGGAGGGCAGGGCUAGCGGUUCGGUUCAUGACUGUCUCUAAUAGUUCGAACGGCGCCAGGUGCGCGGUCAUGGAGGACACUCAGGCUGUUAACUGGGAGGUUGAAGAGGAGGAGGAGACAGAGAGACCCAGUGACUCCGUGGGGUGUAGCCUGGAGCCCCUGGGGCGACUGCAUGUCUUCAGUAGUGCCCACGGACCAGAAAAAGAUUUCCCACUCUACCUCGGGAAAAACGUGGUAGGCCGAAUGCCUGAUUGCUCUGUGGCCCUGCCCUUUCCAUCCAUCUCCAAGCAACAUGCAGUGAUUGAAAUCUUGGCCUGGGACAAGGCACCUGUCCUCUGGGAUUGUGGGAGCCUCAAUGGUACUCAAAUCCUGAGGCCUCCUAAGUUCCUGAGCCCUGGGGUGAGUCAUCGUCUGAGGGACCAGGAGUUGGUUGUCUUUGCUGACUUGCCCUGCCAGUACCAUCGCCUGGAUGUCUCCCUGCCCUUUGUCUCCCGGGGCCCCCUAACUGUAGAGGAGACACCCAGGGUACAGGGAGGAACUCAACCCUGGGGGAUCCUAUUGGCUGAGGACUCAGAAGAGGAAGUAGAUCCUCUUUCUGAAAGGAAUAUGGUGAAUGAACCAAGGACCAUGUCCUCCCUUUUGGCAACAGUGGUUCCAGAGAGUGAUGAAGAGGGGCCUUCUUCUGCCCCAGAUGGUCCUGGGCCACCUUAUGCCUUCAACCUGGACAGUGACACAGAUGAGGAAGAAAGUCAGCAGCCAGCAGCAGGGUGGGCCUCCGCAGCUGCCACAGGAGAUGCUGCCGCAGAGACAGGACAGCCUGAGGCUGUCAGAACUGAAAUCCAGGUUGGAAAGGAUCAGUCUUUGGGGCAGGAGAGGAACAGUGACAUAAGAGUCAAGAGAGAUGCAAGCAAUGGGGUGAUUCUGGAGAGGAGCCAGCCCCCUGGGGAGGACAGUGAGACAGAUGUGGAGGAUGAAAGCAGGCCUCCAGGAAAGCCAGCUGAGGGCCAUCUCGAAAGGGCCCAGCCUUCUGGCUUCAUAGACAGUGAUACUGACGUGGAAGAAGAGGGGAUUCCCACGACCCCAGCUGUGGUGCCCAUGAAAAGAAGGCAGAUCUUCCAUGGAGUUAAUGCAGAGAGUCCUGGGGGACCUGACCUGGCACAUCUUCACGAGAGCCCGGCUGGCAGUGAGACAGAUGAGGAGGCUGAGGCCCCACUCACGGUCCCUCUGGAGCGAAGCCAAGCCUCCGUGGUGAGCAGCAGCAAUGCAGAUGAUGAGGAAGGAGUGUCAGCAGCACUCACUUUGGUGCAGCUGAAGGAGAGCCGAGCCACUGCCUGGAACAGAGAUACAGAUGUGGAAGAGGACAGAGCCCAGCCUCCGGCUUUUCUUGAGCAAAGCCAAACUGCUACUGGGAGAAACAGUGGCACAGACAUGGAGGUGGAGGGGUUCCCAGUAGAAAAGAGAGGCUAUGUUCCCAAGAGUCACACAGACAAAGCUCAGCCAGAAAAGAGUCCGCCUCCUUUCGGGGACGGUGACAGAGAAGUGGAAGAAGAGAAGAGCUCCCCCGGAGUCCUGGAGAGAAGCCAGGCCUCUGCCACAGUGGGCACCAACACACACGUGGAAGAGGAAGUCUCCCCGGGGCCAGCUGUUACGCUCCCAGAGAAGCAUGAGGUGCCUGUGGCAGGCACAAAUCCAACAAAUGUGGAAGCAGAAGGGGGCCCAGCAAAGCUGCCUGCCCUGUGCCUAGAGGAAGCCCAGCCUCCUCCAGGUACUGCAGGGGAACCCACCCAGGCACAGAGAAAGGGAGCCCAGCCCCCCAGAGAAAGCAGGGGAGAACCACAUGUGGACAUGACCAAGGACUGUGGACACAGCCAUGAUGAUGGAGACAGUACAGAAAAGGACCAGAUGGUUCCUAAACCAGAAGAGGUUGCACAGAAGAAAAACAUGUCCCAGAAGAAAGUGAGGAAACAAAAACAUUCUGAAGAUCUAGACCAACAAGCUACCCAGUGCUUUGUGGAGAGAGAGAGCCAGAGCCUGGACGCAGUCCCGAGCAUGGAGGAUGAGCCCACCCAGGUCUUCCUGUUUACUCCACCCCAAGAGCCUGGCCCUUCUUCCCAUUGCAGCUUCCAGGCCUCAGGUGCCCUGGAUGAGCCUUGGGAAGUCUUGGCUACACAGCCAUUCUGUCUAAGAGAAUCUGAGGCCUCUGAGACCCAGCCCAUUGCUACCCACCUGGAGGCCCAUGGAUCUUGCCCCUUGUCGCCCAGGCCAACACCUCAAGACCAACAUCUGGAAAACCCAUUUCACACAGAGCCAUUGGGGAUUCAAGGCGGAGGGUUGCAGACUUCGGAGAAAGGCAUGGGACCCCUGAAUUGCAAGAUGUCCCCGGCUGAGAAGGCUUCUAGGGGUGAUCCAGGAUCCCUAGAUGUUUGUCUGCCUCCAGCAGUCCCUGAAGCCUCAGCCCCAGUCCAAAACCCCCUCAUCCCUCAGAGCCAAAAACAUCUUGCUUCUCAGCCCCUCUUUGCUCCAUCUCCACCUUUAGAGUCGCCCAUUCCCAGCUCCAGGCAAAAUGGGAGUCAGGAAGCUCUGGAGAAUCCCUUGUCCUCAGAGCUGGACCCUCUGCAUGCAAAAUCCAAAUGCAGGCCCCAGGGGUGCUCCAGGGUGACACCCUCUCCAGCUUCUGUAGCCCCUGAGCUCCACCCUGCCCCCUCCAGAGAGCAGCCUGUCCCCCCUGAGCCCACAGCUCGGGCCACGCGGGGCAGGACACACAGGGCCUCUGUCGGGACCCCUGAAACGACUGUCCCCACAGACCAGCCUGUCCCCCCUGAGCCCACAUCUCAGGCCACGUGGGGCAGGACACACAGGGCCUCUGUCAAGACCCCUGAACCGACUGUCCCCACAGCCCCUGACCUUGUACCUCCGACCCCUACAGACCAGCCUGUCCCCCCUGAGCCCACAUCUCGGGCCAUGCGGGGCAGGACACACAGGCCCUCUGUCAAGACCCCUGAACCGACUGUCCCCACAGACCAGCCUGCCCCCCCUGAGCCCACUUCUCGGGGCAGGACACACAGGGCCUCUGUCAAGACCCCUGAACCGACUGUCCCCACAGACCAGCCUGUCCCCCCUGAGCCCACAUCUCGGGCCACACGGGGCAGGGCACACAGGGCCUCUGUCAAGACCCCUGAACCGACUGUCCCCACAGACCAGCCUGUCCCCCCUGAGCCCACUUCUCAGGGCAGGACACAUAGGACCUCUGUCAGGACCCCUGAAACGACUGUCCCCACAGCCCCUGACCUUGAACCUCCGACCCCUACAGACAAGCCUGUCACCCCUGAGCCCACAUCUCGGGCCACGCGGAGCAGGACACAUAGGGCCUCUGUCAAGACCCCUGAACCGACUGUCCCCACAGCCCCUGACCUUGAACCUCCGACCCCUACAGACCAGCCUGUCCCCCCUGAGCCCACUUCUCAGGGCAGGACACAUAGGGCCUCUGUCAGGACCCCUGAAACGACUGUCCCCACAGCCCCUGACCUUGAACCUCUGACCCCUACAGACAAGCCUGUCACCCCUGAGCCCACAUCUCGGGUCACGCGGGGCAGGACACACAGGCCCUCUGUCAAGACCCCUGAACCGACUGUCCCCACAGACCAGCCUGUCCCCCCUGAGCCCACUUCUCGGGGCAGGACACACAGGGCCUCUGUCAAGACCCCUGAACCGACUGUCCCCACAGACCAGCCUGUCACCCCUGAGCCCACAUCUCGGGCCACACGGGGCAGGACACACAGGGCCUCUGUCAAGACCCCUGAACCGACUGUCCCCACAGACCAGCCUGUCACCCCUGAGCCCAAAUCUCGGGCCACACGGGGCAGGACACACAGGGCCUCUGUCAAGACCCCUGAACCGACUGUCCCCACAGACCAGCCUGUCACCCCUGAGCCCACAUCUCGGGCCACACGGGGCAGGGCACACAGGGCCUCUGUCAAGACCCCUGAACCGACUGUCCCCACAGACCAGCCUGUCACCCCUGAGCCCACAUCUCGGGCCACACGGGGCAGGGCACACAGGGCCUCUGUCAAGACCCCUGAACUGACUGUCCCCACAGCCCCUGACCUUGAACCUCCGACCCCUACAGACCAGCCUGUCAACCCCGAGGCCAUAGCUCAGGGUGGUCAGAGCAGGACACUGAGGUCUACAAGAAGUGCUGUGCCAGUUCCUACCAUCCCUGAAUCCCAGUCUCCUUUCCCCACAAACCAGCCUAUUCCCCCUGAGCCCAUCCCUCAAGCCAGUUGUAGCAGGAGGCCAAGGGUCGCUAGGCAGCCCCUCGCAGCUCCCAUUGUCUAUGAACCCUGCUCUGCACCCCUUGAACCUAACGCCUGGUCCUCAAGGAGCCAAAGGCGAGGAGCAGUGAGAGCAACCAAGUCCCUUAGGACCAUUCCUGAGCCUGCCUUUGCCCAGCUUCCUGGGGCACCCACUCAUGCUCUCCAGAUCCAAAAGGUAGAGGCAACAGGUGGAUAUGAGUUCAGCCCAGGGUCCCAGCCUAAGGCCUUUCAAAACCACAAGAAGCCUUCAGAUACUGUGGAUUCACCCCCACUUCCAAAACGGCUGCGAAGAGAAGUCCCUCAGAAGACAGUGGUCCUCAAGGAAGAAGAGGCAGAGCAGCCAGGGAAGGAAGAGGAUGUGGUGAUGCCAGGACCAGGCAAGAGAAAGAGAGACCAGGCUGAGGAAGAGCCCAAAGGAAUGCCAGUCCGCGGCCUCCGACGGACUAAACCUAACCAUGAGUCCGCAGCCCCCAAAGUGCUCUUCACAGGAGUGGUGGAUGCCCGUGGAGAGCAGGCAGUGCUGGCCCUGGGGGGAAGUCUGGCCAGCUCAGUGGCAGAGGCGUCCCACCUGGUGACUGAUCGAAUCUGCCGGACAGUCAAGUUCCUGUGUGCCCUAGGGCGGGGGAUCCCUAUCCUCUCCCUGGACUGGCUGUACCAGUCCCGCAAGGCCGGUUGCUUCUUGCCCCCGGAUGACUAUGUGGUGACUGAUCCUGAGCAGGAAAAGAACUUUGGCUUCAGCCUCCGUGACUCCCUGAGCCGGGCUCGUGAGCGAAGGCUGCUAGAGGGCUAUGAGAUUCAUGUGACCCCUGGAGUCCAGCCGCCACCCCCUCAGAUGGGAGAGAUCAUCAGCUGCUGUGGAGGCACUGUCCUACCCAGCAUGCCCCGGUCCUACAAGCCUCAGAGAGUUGUGAUCACAUGCUCCCAGGACGCCCCUCGAUGCACCACGCCUUCUCGCGUUGGGCUGCCCAUCCUCUCACCAGAGUUCCUGCUGACAGGAGUGCUGAAGCAGGAAGCCAAGCCAGAGGCCUUUGUUCUCUCCACUUUGGAAAUGGCAUCCCCCUGAAAACCCCUCCCCAGUACCCUUUUUCUUCCCAGAUCAAUAAACAGAAAACACUGGGGAGAAGAACUUAGGGCUUUAGGAAGGAUUGGGGUGUACUGAUCUGAUUUGUCUUGAAACAUGGGUGGGGCUGAAAAGGCUUAUAGGAAAACAAAGAUAGGGAGGUUGGGAGCCACAGGUACCUUAAGUGUGCUCAUCUUUAGGUGGACUGAUUACCUACUGCUCCGUGCCCUGCCUCCCAUUCGGAAGCCAUCUCACUUUUCUUCGUUAUUGGAAUUCUUACUUAUCCUCCAAAACAUAGUAGAAACAAUUUCAAUGCCAGAAACUUGAAGGGAUGCUUGGAGUGAGUAAGUUUGAGGGUGGUUAUGGAAUGCUACAAAAAGAUUUACCUCUCUCCUGGCCCCAUCUUGUUAGAAGAUCCUUUAGCUUGGACUUUGAGCAAGUCUCUGCCCUUUUUCAGGCCUGCUUUUCCAGUAUGUAUCAAAUUAGAGCUUAGGCUUAAACUUUAUGAUAAAUAAAUAUUCACUCUGUGCCUUA